ACAGGUGUUGUGUUUACUAUGCUGAACAAACCGUGUUUGGAUAUUUAAGCCGAAAAUCACAUGCUUACAUGUAUUUUGGAAACACUGGAAAAAGCAACGUAACGUUUGCUAACUACACUGAAUGACACUUGCUUGAAAAUGAAGACCCCUGUUUUACUUCUAUGUGGUUUACUUGCAAAAGGUGUGUUUGGUGAUUUUGUGAAGUCGGUGAUGGAGGGAGAUUCUGUCACGCUACAGACCGACCUUACUGACAUACAGAAAUAUGAACUCAUACUGUGGACAUUUGGACCCGGCCGCACUCGUAUAGCUCAAAUCAACAAUGUAGUCAAUAAGAUCUCUUUAUACAAUGAUGUUCUUGAUGGGAAAUUCAGAGACAGACUGCAGUUGGACGAACGGACUGGAUCUCUGAACAUCACUAACACCAGAACUGAAGACUCUGGACUUUAUGAACUGCAGAUCAUCGGUGGACAAGAUGUCCCACCGAGGACCUUCAGUAUUGUUGUUUUUGCUCCUUUGGCCGUUCCUGUCAUCAACAGAAAUUCUUCUCUGUGUUCUUCCCCAGGAUCCUCAGCAUCCAGAUGUUCCCUGCUGUGUUGGGCGGUGAACGUGGGUCAUGUGACUCUCUCCUGGUACAAAGGAAACAGUUUAUUGUCCAGCAUCAGUGUGUCUGAUCUCAGCAUCAGUCUCUCUCUACCUCUGGAGGUGGAACAUCAGGAUAAAAACACCUACAGCUGUGUGAUCAACAACCCCAUCAGCAGAGCUGGUAUCUUUAUAUUUACUUAUUGGUCAUGUUUAUAUAUAGUAUGUCAGGGGCCGUCAAGUAAGGCUGGAUACACAACACAAGACAAUCGUCUCACAUUUUGA